CCCCAGUCCAUCGCCAUGGUCACAAUGGAUGCCGCACAACACGCCCUGAUUGAUCCGCUGAUCGAGCCGGACCCAAGCGACGAGACUGGGCUCAACAGCCACUUCCGCUCGACGUUUGCGCCCGCAGAACCCCUCACGCCACCUGGAUCCGCCGGACUCCCCAAGGACCACGCCUCUGUCAAGGUGCAAAGCACCGGCAGUUCAGCCGAGACCAACCCAUUCCGGCGCUCGAGGGCUGCGUCCGACACCAAGGGCGCCUCGCCUUCAGUGUCGCAACAUAGGCACACUUCGUCGCAGAGCAGGAGGUAUGACUACCCAUCCCCUCCCAGCUCGGCCAGCCCCAAACGUGCCCGGUUCCCCAACGACCACCGCGCCGAAGCCUUCGGACCCAUGAACCAGGGCAAGCCACGGCGAGCCAGCAACCCGGCGCCCUCUUCGCUCAACAAGGCUGAACUCUCCCGAGGAGGCUCCCUCAAAGCACGCUACCCAGGCGACAAGUCUCACCGCCCACUCGACCAGCUGCGUCAUGAUGAGAAGGUUGCUCACCGUGCUCCACACCUUAGGAAAAAGAACUUCCAGGGCGCCGACGUCAUCGACCGUCUCGAUAAGACGAGCAUUGGUCGCUACCACCACGAGGGUCCAUACGAUGCUGCCAGCAUCGCCCGCAACAGGGACACGAGAUACAGCCCCCUUGCGGCUGUCAAGGAUUCCAACGAGGAGGCCUUGAGAGCCACGCCCCGUGAAAACAUUAUCGAUUCCAUUCAGAGGCACCGCCCUCUCGAAGGUGUUGCCAAUAUCCCACCCGGCAUGGCCGAUCGUUUCGGAAGGGUUCUCGAUUACGAAGAGGGAGCCGACCUGCAGCGUGAGCCUGGUGGUGACUAUCGUCGCUGGCCUGGAGUGCAAUACCACCCUGACGACCUCAAGGGCAAGGGCGAACCGUCCUUCACAAUUGAGAGAGCGCUCAAAGAGCACAAGCGCACCGGCGACUCGGGCACAGAAAUGAAGACGCGCAGCCAUCGUACCCGCAGCGCAGGCCACACCGAUGCCCCUGACGCCAUCACCUCCGACUCCAACCCGGCCGUCAACCGCAGUAACAGCACGGGCAAGAGCAUGGGCAACGCUCUCAAGAAACGCUUCGGUAGCAUCCGCCGCCGCAAGAACGAUGUCGAGGCAUAGAAUCCCUCGCUUUUUCCCCGCGCAACCCGCUUCGAUCCCGUUGUUCAUAAUCACGCACACGUUCCGUCUUGAAUAUGUUAUCUGUCUUGCCUUGUCUUGAUCUUGACUAUGUUGAACGAACAAGAAGCGCAAAGUUGUAGACAUGGAUACAUGGGUCCGUCUGGCUAGUCUGUUGGUCACGCACAUCACUGGUGGUUCCCUCCACCCCUUUUUUCCCUUUUGUUUUUUCUUGCUCUUGUAUUGUGUGCAAGUCCUUUCGGUACACAAAAAGGGUUUAUUAGUCAUGGUCUCAGAGCGUCACGCACAGUAUGUAUGAUAGCGUUACGAAGUUUCCUUUUUUUCUUCUUUCCUCGUUUUCUUUUCUUUUUCCCUUCCCAGUCUGUUGAGCUAAGCCCGAGUUGCUAGUUUGCUUGCUUGUACGGUAUCAAGAGCGAGCGCCUGGGACAAAUGCUGUUGUUGUUGGGAUAUGACAAAGCCCC